GUGAUUUAUAAUUAUGUUUUUGGUCUUUUGUUUGCAUUUUUGAAUAUAAAUAUUUUCUUUGUUUAAAUAAUAUUAAUAUUAGAAAAAAUGCACAAUUCUUUAAAAUUUUACAUUUUUAUUACAUUGAUUAUUGUUAAUGUAAUCAAUAGUAAUGCUGCGCCAAAUAAUGCUAACGAUGCUAAUUGUAAUAAUAAAGUGCGGGCAAAAAUUGAUAGACAAGUCUCCCAAAUUACUCCCAUAUUAAAUGGCAAUAAAUUACCCGAAACUGUCAAACAAUUGAACAAAUACUGUACAAUCAGUCAAUUAACACUAAACAGUGUGGCCUCCUAUAUGAAGUCAUGUAUGGGAACGUUAGGUCCUAUAAUGGCUAAAGAAAUGCUUCAAUCGAGUAAAAAAUCAUAUAAAAGAGUUUGCAUUAACAGUGCAAAUGAGGAAAAUGUGGCCGAAUUUUUAAGCACCAGUAAGUGCUUAAAUAGUGCGGCCAAUCAUAUGGACAGUUGUGUUCAAAAUAUAUUCGACGUAAUGACAGUAUUGCCCCGAAUCGAGGAAAUGGAUCGUAUGAAUUUGGGCUGUUGCCAUAUAAGCAAAUUUAUAGGUUGCGCCAAAAAGUCAAUGAUUAACACAAAACAAUGUAAUGGAUUGCAUAAACAACUAAUAAAUCAAAUAAACAAUUCAUUGAGUUUUGUAUGCAAUGAUUAUUAUCUUUCAAAUAAUACAAAAUGUGCUAAACUAAUGGCACAGACACCUAAACUAGACAAUACAUAUGUGCGACCGAAAUCACCAUUUUCUGCGGCUAUGGAAAUAUUGGAUAGUUAUAGAAGUAUGAAAUGUACUAAAAAAGCAAAUGAAAGGUUAGAUAAGUUAGUUCAGAGAUUGUUUACAUUGGGAACACCGGAUCUCAUACCUGAAAAUGGGGCCCAAUUGAAACAGUGGUGCAAUACUGCUAUUAGUAAUAUACCGUUUGUUUACGGUUAUGUGGAAAGUUGUUUAAGCGAUUUUGGAAAAUUUUUAGUCAAAAUGAUGGCCAGUUUGGGUAUUAAUAACUUUGAACCGUAUUGUUCUCCAAAAGGCUACGAUAAUAUGAACCGACCGAAUGCUCAAAUGCAACAAUAUAUUAAAGCAGCCAAAUGUGGUAAUCUUGCAGAGGAUAAGCUGAUUGAUUGUACCAAUAGUUUUAUUGAUGGUGUGAUGGGUAUUGUGGAGGCGCCCGAUAAUUUCAGAAUUAAAAUGUCAUGCUGCAAUGCUUACAAAUACAGGACAUGUAUAUUCAACGCCACGAACAAAACCAAUGGUUGCGACACAGAGACAGUUGUUUGGGCUGAAAGUCAAGUAAUGCAAAAUCUGAAACCGGCUAUUGAUAUGAUGUGUGCCGAGCACUGGUCGUCAACCGGCAAAUGCGCUAAACUAUUGAUAGAAAUUCCCAAAAUGGAUAGUAAAACAUAUGAGCGCCCAAAAAGUGUAUUCAUGCCUAUCAUGAAACUGUUUGACAGUUUUCCUGACGUAGAGUUAAACUAAACAACAAAAUAGUUAAUACUCUUUUGUAGUAAUUAUGAUUCAAAACUAUCAAAAUGUUA